AUGGUCAAAUUGGAAGAACUCGAAGACGAGCAUUUCCUGAAUAAGCCCGAGACAACGUCUGACGGAGCUCUGCUGGCCGAUGACGACGAUGAUUAUACUGAUACCGACUCUGAAAUCUCCGACGACGCCUCUGACGCUGGCGCCCUCGACGAGUCCCUGAUUGACCGCCUCAGCGCACUCCGCGACAUCAUCCCUCCCAAAGCCCGGGCGAAGAUCUCGUCUAUCUCUUCCACCAUCGCCUCCGCGACCUCCUCCACUAUCAAUUAUUCCGGCAAGGGCCUCUGGGUGAUCGCCACCAGUGUGUUGUUGCUCGGCAUCCCGUAUGCGCUUGCCCUUGGUGAAGAACAGCAGUACAUGGAGGAAGAGAGACAACGGGCUGUGAUGCAGGAGGGAGCCCAGGGACUGAUUCAAAGUGGUCAGGCACAACAAGGUCAGGCUCAAGGACAAGCCAAGCCGGCGUUGUAA